CGGCUUCUCUCGCGAGGACGGACGCCAUUAUCGCAUCUCCUCGACAAACACCACGAGAAUUCCGCAGCCCACACGGUGACAGAAACCCCGUGCCUGGUGAGUCUGAUUCCUGCCCAUUGACCGGCCACUCUCCUCUCGUCCUGGAUGAUGUCAGAACAGGACCUGGCGGAUGUGGUGCAGAUCGCCGUGGAGGAGCUGAGUCCCGACCACCCAGUUGUAUUGGAGAAUCAUGUAGUGACAGACGAAGAUGAACCAGCUUUGAAACGUCAGCGACUAGAGAUCAAUUGCCAGGAUCCUUCUAUAAAGUCAUUCCUGUAUUCCAUUAACCAGACAAUCUGCUUGCGAUUGGAUAGCAUUGAAGCCAAGCUGCAGGCUCUGGAGGCCACAUGUAAAUCACUGGAAGAGAAACUGGAUCUGGUCACCAACAAGCAGCACAGCCCCAUCCAGGUGCCCAUGGUGGCGGGCUCUCCUCUCGGCGCCACCCAGACCUGCAACAAAGUGCGAUGCGUCGUCCCCCAGACUACAGUAAUUCUCAACAGUGAUCGGCAGAACGCCGUUGUAGCCAAGAUGGAAGACCCCCUGAGCGGCAGGGCACCGGAUCCCCUGGAAAAUAUCAUUAGCAACGCGGUGCCCGGGCGUCGGCAGAACACCAUCGUGGUGAAGGUGCCAGGUCAGGAGGACAGCCACAAUGAGGACGGGGAGAGCGGGUCCGAGGCCAGCGACUCCGUUUCCAACUGUGGACAGUCAGGAAGUCAGAACAUCGGCAACAACGUCACCCUCAUCACCCUGAACUCGGAAGAGGACUACCCCAAUGGCACGUGGCUGGGGGACGAGAACAACCCCGAGAUGCGGGUGCGCUGCGCCAUCAUCCCCUCCGACAUGCUGCACAUCAGCACCAACUGCCGCACGGCCGAGAAGAUGGCGCUCACGCUGCUGGACUACCUCUUCCACCGCGAGGUGCAGGCCGUCUCCAACCUCUCGGGCCAGGGCAAGCACGGCAAGAAGCAGCUCGACCCCCUCACCAUCUACGGCAUCCGCUGUCACCUCUUCUAUAAAUUUGGAAUCACGGAAUCCGACUGGUAUCGAAUCAAACAGAGCAUCGACUCCAAAUGUCGGACGGCCUGGCGGCGAAAACAGCGAGGCCAGAGCCUGGCCGUCAAGAGCUUCUCCAGGAGAACCCCGUCCUCGUCCUCGUACGGCGCCUCAGAGACCAUGAUGAGCACGCCGCCGCCCGCCAGUGAGCUGCAGCAGCCCCCGCCUCAGGCCCUGCACUACGCCCUGGCCAACGCCCAGCAGGUCCAGAUCCACCAGAUCGGGGAGGACGGACAGGUCCAAGUAGUAUGUAAGGGCCACCUCCACAUCGCCCAGGUGCCUCAAGGGGAGCAGGUGCAGAUCACGCAGGACAGCGAGGGCAAUCUACAGAUACACCACGUGGGACAAGAUGGGCAGGUGCUGCAGGGGGCCCAGCUGAUAGCCGUGGCUUCUUCGGACCCUGCCGCCACGGGGGUGGACGGCUCGCCGCUCCAAGGCAGCGACAUCCAGGUCCAGUACGUGCAGCUGGCGCCGGUGGCCGACCACACCGCUGCAGCCCAGGUGGGUGUAGAAGGGGGUCAGGCACCACCACCGUCCCCAUUUUGCUGCUGAGGGAGCUACGUGAUGGUCACAGCCCCGGACGGGAAGUGGGAGGUCUAAGACUUCGGGCCGGAGAUGGUGAGUUUGGCUCCUUCUGUAAGCUCACCGUCAGCCCACCUUCCACGGUCUAACGCUGAUCCCCCUCCUAUCUAAUUUGGUCAUUUUCAGGUUGAUGAAUCUGCUUCCCUGGACCCUCCCAUUGCUUUUCUCUGAACCCUCUGAGACGGCGCAGUGGCGGUCAGCCUCCACGAUGACCCCACUCAUCCCUGCCUCUUGGUCAGCGUCACCUUCCCGCAUCAAAUCAGGGCUGGUCCACGUGGCCAAUGGCGUAGGGCGGAGCUGAUGGGGUUGACUUCUGAGGCUAUAAAAGGCACUGCAGCCUCCGCCUUGGCCUCUUGGAUGGCGGCAGCCACCGUGUCGUGACACUCAGGCAGCCCCACGGAGAGGGCCACUUGCAGAAACACAGGUCUCUGGCUAAGAGCACCAACGUGCCCGCCGCGUGACAGAGCCGCCUUGGAAGUGCCCCUCCCGCCCUAGGCCAGCCUUCAGAUGAUGCCACAGCCCCGGCUGACACAGGACCACACCUGCACGUCACGGCCCAAGUGGAGACUGCUCAGCCAGGCCCUCCCCAGAGGCCUGGCCGACCGACGGUGUGAGAGAAGCCACUGAGUUUGGGGGUGACUAAUUACACAGCAGGGGGUGUGACUGGAACAAGCACCCAGACCUGCACAGAACCUAGACGUGGGGCUACACCCGAGACAGACAAAACCUUCUCAUGUUCCUGCCCAGGUCCCUUCUUAGUCAUCCUGGGGUAACUGUACUCCCGUCAGCAUCAGUGACCUGCUCGGAGGGUCCACUCCAACCCGCAGGGCCACAAGCAGGGCACACCCUCACGUGACAACCAGACAAGCAGUUUCACCACUCGGGAGGCCAGGUUUGGGUCUCAGCUCCUCCCCAAAGCUGGGCAGGCUGUUAGCAGGGCGCGAGGCUGUGUCUGCCCCACGAAGGAAAAGCCUUCCUCUGAAGUGCCUCAAUCAGAGUUCUUGUGGGUAGACCAGAGGCGCUCAGCCUCGGCCAUGCACUGGGAGCAGCGGCGGGAGCUCGAAGCCCCCCGUGCCGGCCCCAGCCCGACACCGGCUCAGCGUCUGGGACACAUCGGGUGCCAGGAAGCCCAGACCUACCCGGGCGUUCUGAAUGCAGCCGCGGCCGAAACAGCUGGUUCACGUCAGCCACGCUGAUGCUUAAAAGUGUUUUCAGGCCUUGUUUACAACAUAGAGCAAGCACUUGUUUAAAAAGGAGACUCCAACACAUCAGGCAGGCCACAUCUCAGGAAAUGGUUUUUCUGGACACAGUGGUCUAACCUGAGAUGGUUUACGUUUAAUCGCAUUUUGCCACAGGAAAAAGUGCCCCAGGAAACACUGCGCGGAGGGCAGGAUGCCCAGCUGGGCUCUUUAAACAGCAGUGGCCACAGACAGCGCAGUUCACUGAUUCUGUAAACGACCUCAGAGGCUCUACCUGCCCGGAGCACAGCUGCCCGACGGUACGAAACUCAUUAGGAAGCAGGCACUACGGGGGCGUCCACGUUUUACUAACUCAUGAGGUCCCUUCAGACAGCUGACACUCAGUGACCGGUUCGGUCUCGUACUGGGCAGGGUUCUACCAGGGACAGAAGUCGUAGGACAUUUUUAUGCAG